UACCUUCUCGAUGAUCUCCUUCUUUAGCUUUUUAAGAUAACAGACAGCCACUGGUUUCUUUGUACACCCAUUAAGCAGCAGCUCAUUUCCUUCAAUUCUAGCUUCUCGAUCCGUCCAAAAAUGACAAGGGAAUCGAAGCCAUGGAGACCCUUCACCGCAAAGUACUGCUGUUCAGCCGAAGACCAUACAAUUCUUGGCAACUUCAGCCGGUGCCGGCCAUCGAGGUCGGAGUUCUCGAAGAACAUUGCCCCAUUGCCUUCGUUUCGGAGACUGUCGUUCUCCGAUCUCAGCUGCUCUUCGUCAACACGCAUCAACGAAGAUCUGGCGCAAUCCUUCGGGCCGGACUUGUAUGAUUUUCAGGUGAGCGAGCUGCGAGCCAUAACCCAGAAUUUCUCCAGCAACUUCUUGUUAGGAGAAGGGGGGUUCGGAACGGUGCAUAAGGGUUAUAUAGACGACAAUUUCAGGCAGGGUUUGAAGGCUCAGCCGGUUGCCGUCAAGCUUCUCGACAUUGAAGGCUUACAGGGACACCGCGAAUGGCUUGCUGAAGUAAUAUUUCUUGGGCAGCUUAGGCACCCACAUCUUGUUAAACUCAUCGGCUAUUGUUGCGAGGAAGAAGAACGGCUUCUAGUUUAUGAGUUCAUGCCUCGCGGCAGCUUAGAGAAUCACUUGUUCAAAAGGAUGUCAUCAUUGCCAUGGGGCACAAGAGUGAAGAUUGCAAUAGGAGCAGCUAAAGGGCUUGCCUUCUUGCACAGCGCUGAGCAACCUGUCAUUUACCGAGACUUCAAAACUUCCAAUGUCUUGCUAGACUCAGAUUUUACAGCCAAAUUGUCCGAUUUCGGGCUUGCAAAGAUGGGGCCUGAAGGAUCAAACACCCACGUUACAACUCGAGUGAUGGGUACUUACGGGUAUGCUGCCCCAGAAUAUGUCUCAACAGGGCACUUGACUACAAAAAGCGAUGUUUACAGCUUCGGGGUGGUGCUACUGGAACUACUUACAGGAAGAAGAUCAAUGGAUAAAUCAAGAGCAAAGAGUGAGCAAAAUCUGGUUGAUUGGGCAAAACCCUACUUGAGAAGUAGCCGAAGGCUGCGGUGUAUCUUGGACCCAAGACUGGCAGGUCAGUAUUCUGUGAAGGGAACGAAGGAGAUGGCUGUGCUAGCAUUGCAAUGCAUAAGUUUGAACCCUAAAGACAGGCCAAGGAUCACAGCAGUAGUUGAAAGCCUUGAAAGCCUGCAACAGUACAAGGACAUGGCAGUCACUUGUGGGAAAUGGCAGGCAGCAUCGCCAAAACCAAGUAGAAAUAAUGGGGUCUCUACAAAAGUGAGGAUAGAGAGUAGAGGUGGAAAUCUUAGGAAGGCAUCUCCUGUCACUCCCAAUAGGAAAACAUCAUGAACAAUAAUCGAUCUCUGGUCAAAGAGGCAGUUCUUACCAAGCUGUUUAUGCCACUUUUGGGUGUGUAUCUGUACAUUUUGUAAA